GAAUGGAGCAACUGCAGAAAUGUCUGGAUGACUUGGGGAAGAAGGAUUUAGAGCGUUUCAGAUCUUUUCUGAGACAUGAAGCCGUAGAUGGCUGUGAUCCCAUUAGGAAAAGUGAGGUGGAGGAUGCAUCUGUCACUAAGCUUGUUGACACUAUGACUGACCACUAUGGGGAGGAAUGUGCAGUGAGUGUGACCUUAAACAUCUUGAAGAAAAUGAACCAGAAUACUCUGGUAUUGGAACUGGAAAGGGAAACAGACGCCCUCUCCUCUCUAAACACCAGCGGACCCAGGUCUCUUGUCAGCACGUCUGGUUCCGGUGAACGCAGACUUGCAUACCCACACCCAGAGGAUUUCCUGGCGGUGGUGCAGCAGGAACUGAGAGAGAGCCUGAUGAAGUACGGGUGCAUCUAUGAGGGCAAGGCAGAACAUGGGAGUCAGUCACACCUCAAUAACAUCUACACUGAGCUUUUCAUCACGGAGGGCGAGAGCGGACCCAUCAGCAACGAGCACGAGGUGCGGAAGACCGAGGGGUCCGCCGCCAAGAGGCAAGACUCGCAGGAGACCUCCAUCGAGUGCAACAAAAUCUUCCAGUCCGAUGCUGGGAGAAGGGUCAGGACCGUCCUAAUGACAGGGAUCGGAGGCGCUGGGAAAACGGUCUGCGUGCAGAAGUUCGUCGUCGACUGGGCGGAGGGAAGCAACGGGGACGUAGACCUCAUCUUCGUCCUCCCUUUCCGCGACCUCCGUGAGCUGGAGGACGGGAGGGAGUACAGCCUGCUGGAGCUGGUGCACGAAUUCCACCAGGAGGUCACCGACGCAGACAAGCUGAGACGCGCGCUGCACAAGAAGGUCCUGUUCGUCUUCGACGGGCUGGAUGAGAGCAGCCACCCCCUGGACUUUAAGCGCAACAAGAGGCUGACGGACGUGAUGAAGCCGGCGUCCGUGGACGUGCUGCUGACGAACCUCAUCAAGGGGAACCUGCUGCCCUCCGCCCUGAUUUGGAUCACCUCCCGCCCGGCAACAGCCAGCAGGAUCCCCCCAGCCUCCGUCCACAAGGUGGUGGAGGUGCGAGGGUUUAACGACCAACAGAAGGAGGAGUACUUCAAGAACAAAUUCAGAGACAGAGAACACAUCAGCGACAGGAUGAUCUCGCGUGUGAAGUCAUCGAGGAGCCUCUACAUUAUGUGCCACAUCCCCGUCUUCUGCUGGGUCACGGCGACCGUCCUAGACGAUGUGACAGAUGAGACAGAGAUCCCCACCACUCUGACGGGAAUGUACACUGACUUCCUGAAGAUUCAGACUAAGUUCUCAAGCGAGGACCAGAAUGAACCGGCAGAUCAUCAGGAUCAAACUGGCUUUCACAAAGACAUGUUCGUCAGCCUGGGGAGGCUGGCUUUUCACCAGCUGGAAAAAGGCAAGUUCCUCUUUAACGAAACAGACCUCAAGCAGUGUGGUAUUGACAUUAGCCAGAUGUCAGCGUACUCAGGUGUGCUCACGGAAAUGCUGCAGGGGAAAGCACUGCGUAAGAAGAAGGUUUACUGCUUCAUCCACCUGAGCAUUCAGGAGUACUUCGCCGCACUGUAUGUGUUCCUCUCUUACAAAAACGAGGCCACCAACCCGCUGGACCCCACCAAGGAAGUGCAGACCUUGUCCGACCUGCACAAGAGCGCGGUGAAGCGGUCUCUGAAGAGCCGGAACGGGCACCUGGACCUGUUCCUCCGCUUCCUCCUCGGCCUCUCGGCCAUGGAUCCCUCGCAGACCUUCCUGGAGAGCCUCCUGACGCAGGAGGAGGUGGACUGGGACAGCAUCGACGAGACGCGGGACUUCAUCAAGGGCCAGAUUAGGAUUGUUUCAUCUCCGGAGCGCUGCAUCACCCUCUUCCACUGCCUCACCGAGCUCAACGACAACUCCCUGGUGGAGGAGAUCAGGUGCUGCAUGAGCUCAGGCGGCCUGGCGGGCGCCAGGCUCUCCCCCGAGCAGCUGUCCGCGCUGGCGUACGCCUGGCUCAUGUCGGGCGAGCUGAUCGACCUCUUCGACCUGAAGCAGUACUACACACCGCAAGGGGGCCACAAGAGGCUGCUCCCGGUCAUCAGGAACACCAGGACGGCACUUCUGGAUCAGUGCCUGCUGACGGAGAAGUCCUGUGCGGUCGUGGCCUCGGCCAUGCUGAGCUCCCCACUGACAGAGCUGGACCUGAGCUACAACGACCUGGGGGACGCCGGGGUGUCCCUUCUCUGUGCCUCACUGAGGGAGGGCAGCAGAGUGCACUCGCUACGCCUGGACCAGUGUAAGCUCACAGAGAAGUGCUGUGAAGAUCUCACCUCUAUUCUCUGUCCCAGACUGAAAACUCUAAGCCUGUGCAGGAAUGCCUUGGGGAACUCGGGCAUGAAAACGAUUUGCAAGGGAAUGAAACCGUGUCAUCUGGAAGAAAUCAGAUUGAGAGAGUGUGAGCUCACAGAGGCAUGCUGUGAGGACCUGGCCAGCGUUCUCUGCUCACCCCAGUCCAAGCUUAGAGAACUGGACUUGACUGAUAAUGAUUUAGAGGACAAAGGAGUGACGCUGCUCUCUGCUGGACUGGAGGACCCCAGCUGUGUGUUGCAGCGGUUGGUGCUAUCAGGGUGUCGAGUCACAGAGACAGGCUGUGCUUCUCUGGCUUCGGCUCUGCGUUCAAACCCCUCACACCUGAGAGAGCUGGAUCUGAGCUACAACCACCCAGGGGACUCAGGAGUGAAACUGCUCUCUGCUGGAGUGGAGGACCCCAGCUGUAAACUGGAGAAACUCAUCACUGACCACAUUGGAGAGCACAGGAACAAACCGAAGCUCCUGAAAUAUGCCUGCCAGCUGACACUGGACCCCAACACAGCGCAUUGUCAGCUGUGUCUCUCAGACCGGGACAGGAAGGUGACGCACAAGGUGAGGGAUCAGGGAUAUCCCAACAGCCCGGAGAGGUUCGACCUACCCUCCCCCCAGGUGCUGUGCAGGCAGGGUCUCUCUGCCCGCUCCUACUGGGAGGUGGAGUGGAGCAAGGGGUGGGAGCCCGACGUGGGCGUCACGUACAGGCGUAUUCGGAGGAAAGGGUGGAGUGACAGCUGCCUGCUGGGGCGAAACGACCACUCCUGGAGCCUGCUGUGCGCCUUUUCCAACUACUCCGCCUGGCACAACGGAAGCUCCGCCUCCUUUCCCGCCCCCGACACGCGCAAGCUGGGCGUGUACCUGGACUGGGCAGCCGGCACACUGUCAUUCUACAGCAUCGCCCGGGGAGUGUCGAAUCUGCUGUACACUUUCCACACCGAGUUCACAGAGCCACUGUACCCGGCUUUUAAGGUGGGGAUUGAGGGGUCCCUCUCCCUUUGCCAGCUGGGAAAGCCCAUCUGGGGAAGCCAAAAGCAGGCACGAUAGGGCUUACGGUUCUCAGCCCUCAUGUAACCAGCAGGUUGUGGUUUUCGGCAUAGCUGAAAGGUUUCAGAA